GUGGAAGAGGAACGGCUCCUACUACCAGACGACGCACAAGGGCGAGAUGAAGGACGACCUGUUCUCCUUGACCCUCCAGGAUGUGGGCAUGCAGGACAAUGGGGUAUACAGCGCCACCUUCAUUGGGGACAGCCCCCUGGCCAGUGCCUUCUUCAGGCUGAUUGUGCGAGGAUGCGCGGCAAGGAAGUGGGGGCCGGCCUGCGAGAAGGACUGUCCCGACUGCCUGAAUGGCGGCGUCUGCCACGACCACAUUGGCGAGUGCCUCUGCCCCCCGGGCUUCAUGGGCACCCGCUGCGAGAAAGCCUGCCGAGAGGGCCGGUUUGGCCGUAACUGCCAGGAACAAUGCGUCAGCAACCAGGGCUGCCGGGGCCUGAGCUUCUGCCUGCCCGACCCCUAUGGCUGCUCCUGCGCGUCCGGCUGGAGCGGCCCCCAGUGCACCCUCGCCUGCCCACACGGACGCUACGGCCCUGACUGCGCCCUGGACUGUCGCUGCCAGAACGGAGGCACUUGCAACCGCUUCAGCGGCUGCGUCUGCCCCUCGGGUUGGCAUGGGCAGUACUGCGAGAAGACAGACCGGAUCCCCCAGAUCAUCAACCUGGCCUCGGAGCUGGAGUUCAACCUGGGCUCGCAGCCUGUGGUCAACUGCAUCGUCACGGGGAACCCGCUGCCCGUGCGGGACAGCAUCGAGCUGCGCCUGGUCGAUGGGACACUGCUCAAGGCCAGCAAGGCCAUCAUGGUAACGAACCAGACCACCUUCGAGUUCGUGGUGCCACCACUUACCCUGGUGAACAUGGGAUUGUGGGAGUGCCGGGUCUCCACCACUGGUGGCCAGGACAGCCGGCGGGUCAAGGUCCAUGUCCGAGUGCCGCCGAAGCCACAGAGUGCCCCCCGGCUGCUGGCCAAGCGGAGCCGGCAGCUCGUGGUGGCCCCCGUGGACAGCUUCUCUGGUGAUGGGCCCAUUGUCUCCAUCAAGGUGCUCUACAGGCCCCGGGACAUGCCCUCGGCAUGGUCGUCCAUCGUGGUCAACCACAGUGAAAGCAUCACACUUGUGAACCUGCAGCCGGUCACCGCCUACCUUGUCAGGGUGCAGCUGAGCCGCCCGGGGCAGAACGGCGAGGGGCCCGCGGGGCCGCAGGCCGUCAUGGUGACAGAGUGCCAGGAGCCCUCGGCUCAGCCUGUGAUCGAGGGCUGGUCUGUGGAGGGGAAGAACACGCUGCAUGUCAGCUGGAGGGUGCCCAGCAUCCACGAGCCGGCCCACGGGUUCAUCGUGCGCCUCCUUGACGCCGCCGGGGCGCUGGUUCAAGAGACCAACAUCAGCUCCAUGUCUGUGCACUCGGCCCGCAUCCCCAGCCUGGAGUUCAACCAGGAGUAUGGCCUGCAGGUCUUUGUCUACCACUGCACUGGCCUGGGCCCCCCCUCCGACCUGCGCAGCGUCACCAUCAACAGCAAAGGCCCUUCCUCCCCACGGUUGCUGCGUGCUGAGCCUGUGACUGACAGCAUGGUGCGGCUCAGCUGGCACAGCCCCGAGUACCCCAAUGGGGGCAUCAGCAAAUACACGGUGGAGCUGCAGCAGCUGGGUGGCUCCAGUGAGCCCCAGUGGGUCGACACGGACAGCGGUGCCGAGACCUCCAAGGUCCUUGGUGGGCUCAAUGCCAGCACCGGCUACCAGUUCCGGGUCCGCGCCAACUCCCACGUGCCAGGCGAGUGGAGCCAGCCGGUGCGCGUGGAGAACCUGGGAGACGGUGACCUGAGCCCAGUGCCCAGCUUGGAGAGCCAGGGCAUGCAGCCCUCGGGCAUUGACCAGCAGCUGCUCCUGGCCAUCGUGGGCUCUGUGUCCGUCACCUGCAUCACCAUCCUCCUCGGCCUCCUCUCCCUCUUCCUCAUCAAGAACUUCUUCCACCGCCGCCGCACCUUCACCUACCAGUCGGGCUCAGGGGAAGAGACCAUCCUGCAGUUCAACUCGGGCACGCUGACGUUGACGCGGCGGCCGAAGCCACAGCCCGAGCCCCUGAGCUACCCCAUCCUGGAGUGGGAGGACAUCACCUUCGAGGACAUGAUCGGGGAGGGCAACUUCGGCCAGGUCAUCCGCGCCAUGAUCAAGAAGGAUGGGCUGAAGAUGAAUGCUGCCAUCAAGAUGCUGAAAGAGUUUGCGUCGGAGAACGACCACCGGGACUUCGCAGGGGAGCUGGAGGUGCUGUGCAAGCUGGGGCACCACCCCAACAUCAUCAACCUGCUGGGUGCCUGCGAGAACAGAGGCUACCUGUACAUCGCCAUCGAGUACGCCCCGUAUGGGAACCUGCUGGACUUCCUGCGGAAGAGCCGCGUGCUGGAGACUGACCCGGCCUUCGCCAAGGAGCAUGGCACAGCCUCCACGCUCACCUCCCAGCAGCUUCUGCAGUUUGCCUCCGACGUGGCCAAGGGGAUGCAGUACCUGAGCGAGAAGCAGUUCAUUCACAGGGACCUGGCGGCCAGGAACGUCCUGGUGGGAGAGAACCUGGCCUCCAAGAUCGCGGACUUCGGCCUGUCCCGAGGGGAGGAGGUCUAUGUGAAGAAGACAAUGGGCCGCCUGCCCGUCCGCUGGAUGGCCAUCGAGUCCCUGAACUACAGUGUCUACACCACCAAGAGUGAUGUGUGGUCCUUCGGGGUCCUGCUGUGGGAGAUCGUCAGCCUGGGGGGGACGCCGUACUGUGGGAUGACAUGCGCCGAGCUCUACGAGAAGCUGCCACAGGGAUACCGCAUGGAGAAGCCACGCAACUGUGACGACGAGGUGUAUGAGCUGAUGCGGCAGUGCUGGAGAGACCGUCCCUACGAGCGCCCGCCCUUCGCCCAGAUCUCGCUGCAGCUCAUCCGCAUGCUGGAGGCCAGGAAGGCUUAUGUGAACAUGUCCUUGUUUGAGAACUUCACGUAUGCGGGGAUCGACGCCACAGCGGAGGAGGCCUGAGCCACGCCGCACCUGCCCAGCCCUCCUGGAAGUGCCACACACCGGCUGGCACGGGACACAGGGCUCAGGGCACGACAGCCUGGCCCCGCAGGGACACAGGAAACUGGCCUGUUCCGGCGCCACUGCCUGCACACACCUCCUGGCUAGCAGCACCGGCGCAGCAGGGCUGCACCUCAGCCCCCUGGCCACAGCACCCAGCAGGACUUGCACCAUUGCCCAUGGCGCAUCUGCUCCCCAGCUGCUGCAGGUCGGAGCGGGGGCCAGCCAAAGAGCUCCCAGGUAGCCAGUGGGCAGUGCUGCCUGUCUCCUGCCCUGCCCCAUGGGACUUUGCCAUAGCCCGGUGGGGCAGAGAACUGUGGGCUCCGAGAGCCCCUGUCCUUGGAGCCGGCAGACACUGCUUCCCCCUCCGAAGCCUGGGAAGGGCAUCCUGGUGCCCCGUGAGGCAGACACACAAGCUCGGGAAGAGCAGAGCCCCGGGCCCGGCAUUUUCUCUGUGACUGCUCACCCCGGCCAGCUUGCAGACUGACCCUGUGGGCCUGGACUCACUGCUGGGCAUCAGGGACGGAGACGGGCAUGAUCUUCUGCAGGGCUUGGUGCCCAUGUGCUCCCCCGGUGCGCAGACAGGGAGCAGGACUGCCUCGGCACAGCCACGUACUGCCCCACCACCGGUGAGCCCGGCUGUCGCAGCAUCUGCUUCAUGUCCAAUAAACACAAUGCAUGGGA